AUGGCGGAAAAAGAAUACCGGCCGGAGAGGCUCAAACAGAUGUUCAGCUGGACGACCGGGGAGACCUCGCCUCCGUCGCCCUUAGGCGACGAGAAGGAGUCUAAAAUGAGCCAGAUACAAUUUUCACCACCUCUCGACAAACAAAAUAGUGCUGUGUGGCAAAAACGCCAGCAAGCGGUGAGUGUGCGCAACGCGUACAAGCACUACGGCUCGAACAAACGGCCCAACCAUGUGCUCAGCAAUCUCAACAUGUCGGUGCACAAGGGAACCAUUUAUGGUCUUUUGGGUGCGUCAGGAUGUGGCAAGACAACGCUUCUGUCGUGUUUAGUGGGACGGCGGAAACUGAACCGGGGUGAAAUAUGGGUGCUAGGAGGAAAGCCGGGGACUAAAGGUUCAGGCGUUCCAGGAAAACGUGUAGGAUACAUGCCUCAAGAGAUAGCUCUAUACGGAGAGUUCACUAUAAAGGAAACCAUGAUGUAUUUCGGCUGGAUUUUUGGCAUGGAGACCAAAGAAAUUCUGGACAGACUCCGUUUUCUGCUGGAAUUCUUAGAUUUACCGAGUGAAAAUAGAAUGGUGAAGAAUUUAAGUGGUGGUCAACAACGUCGUGUGUCAUUCGCAGUAGCCCUCAUGCAUGACCCAGAACUCCUCAUUCUGGACGAGCCCACAGUGGGCGUAGACCCUCUGCUGCGACAGUCCAUCUGGACCCACCUGGUCCGCAUCACCAGCUCUGGAGAUAAGACUGUUAUCAUCACAACCCAUUAUAUUGAAGAAGCUCGACAGGCGCAUUGUAUCGGUCUUAUGAGAAGUGGACGGUUGCUCGCCGAAGAAUCUCCUCAAGCGCUAUUGACUAUGUACAGCUGCGUUUCACUGGAAGAUGUGUUCUUGAAGCUAUCGAGAAGACAAGGUCAAGCGAACCAAGUGGUAGAGCUGAAUGUAUCUGGCGGAGGGCUCGGCCUCAACAAGAUGUCCAAGCGCGAAGAGGCGCCCUACGCGGCCGAGGACAACCAGGUGGUCGGCCUCAACUUCCACCAGAGCAAGGAGGUGUUGAUUGUAGACCACGCUGCCGGCUCUAAUGGAGAUCUGCCUGGAAAAAUGUCGGAAGCAGUGAAGUCAGAGUGUGAAGACUGCGGGGACUGCUUCAACCUAACAUCCCGGGGCAAGAUCAAGGCGCUGAUCCAGAAGAACUUCCUCCGCAUGUGGCGCAACAUCGGCGUGAUGCUGUUCAUCUUCGCGCUGCCCGUCAUGCAGGUCAUACUCUUCUGCCUCGCCAUCGGCAGGGACCCCAGCGGCCUGCGUCUGGCGAUAGUGAACCACGACGUGAACGUGAUCGACGGCAACUGCCCGUACAACGCGUCGUGCUCCAUGAAGAACCUGUCAUGCCGCUACCUGGCGCACUUCAGCAACAAGACCGUCGUGAAGGAGUUCUACGCGGACGUGCCGGCGGCGACGGCGGCGGUGCGCGCCGGCCGCGCCUGGGGCGCCGUCUACUUCAACGAGAACUACACGGACUCGCUCGUCGCCAGGCUCGCUUUGGCGGACACGGCGGACAACGAAACGAUUUCGUCCUCCGAAGUGCAGGUGUGGCUCGACAUGUCCAACCAACAGAUCGGGCUCAUGCUCAAUAGAGAUAUACAGUUCUCGUACCGCGACUUUGCUAAGGACCUGCUAUCGACAUGCAACUACAACCCCAAAGUGGGAGACAUCCCCAUCGACUUCCAGGACCCCAUCUACGGCGACAGCAACCCUUCCUUCACAGACUUCGUGGCUCCCGGGGUUAUACUCACCAUCGUGUUCUUCCUGGCGGUGGCGCUGACGUCGUCGGCGCUGAUCGUGGAGCGCAUGGAGGGGCUGCUGGACCGCUCGUGGGUGGCGGGCGUGUCGCCCGGCGAGAUCCUGUUCUCGCACGUGGUCACGCAGUUCGUGGUGAUGGUGGGGCAGACCGCGCUCGUGCUCGUCUUCAUGAUCCUCGUCUUCGGCGUCAAGUGCAACGGCAACAUCGCCUACGUCGUCAUGCUCACGCUGCUGCAGGGUCUAUGCGGCAUGUGCUUCGGCUUCGUGAUAUCGGCCGCGUGCGAGCUGGAGCGCAACGCCAUCCAGCUGGCGCUGGGCUCGUUCUACCCCACGCUGCUGCUGAGCGGCGUCAUCUGGCCCAUCGAGGGCAUGCCGUGGGCGCUGCGCGGCGCCGCGCUGUGCCUGCCGCUCACGCUGGCCACGGGCGCGCUGCGCGCCGUGCUCACGCGCGGCUGGCCGCUGUCCGAGCCCGACGUCUACCUCGGCUUCGUCGCCACGCUCAGCUGGAUCGCGCUUUUCCUCAUAGUCACCAUACUCAUACUCCGGUUCAAGCGCGGC